GAACAUUCUGCUCCCAGCAAACGAUUUGAUUGCGUGUGCUAUAUUGAAAACGGGCCGUUUUAAGGAGUAUUCGGAGAUGGCCGAAUCAACCGAGCCCAACAAUUCCACUCCUACCAGUGCCCGGUCCGAAGAUGGCGACAGAGAGGAAAUGCCGAAGAAACCAGAAGCAACAUCAUCAACAGAUUCUAAACUUGAAUGUCCCGUAUGUCUGCAGACGUGCGUCCAUCCCGUCCGGUUGCCCUGUGGUCACAUUUUUUGCUUCCUAUGUGUGAAGGGUGUUGCAUUCAAAAAUUUACGCUGCGCCAUGUGCCGUUGUGAUAUCCCACUGACCUAUCUAGAUCACCCGCAACUGGUAAACGGUGUGGAGGAGAUAGUGCGUGCAGCUACCGCAACCAUAUCGGAUGGUAAUGAGUACCGUUGGUACUACGAGGGAGGUCACGGUUGGUGGCAGUAUGAUGAACGCACCAGCCAGGAGCUGGAAGAAGCGUAUCUACGUGGCGACAAGAGUUGCAAAAUAUUGGUGGCCGGAUUCGUGUACAUCGUCUCGUUCGAACACAAGUGUCAGAUACGGCAGAAUGAUUAUUCGCGCAUACGGCGUAUCAAACGGGAUCUGGUGAGCAUACCAAAGAAGGGUGUUGCCGGGUUGCGACUUGAUACGGGUGACAACAACCCGCCAUCGACCACUAGCAACGACAUGAACGAACUGUCUUCCGCGAUGGGUGAAAUGAAUCUCAACGAAGGUGCUUCCACGUCUGCUUCCACCUUAGCCACUGGGAUGGUAAAUGUGCCGGCCAUGGGUGAUUCGAUUGAAGCUAAUGAACAUGAGCCGAGGCCUGAUGGUGGCAGUGGUGCUGAGAGUGAAAGUUCCACCGGUACGGGUAACGAAACAGAUGAUGUGCCCUGCAUUUCGACCCCUACAAUGACUUCUGCAAUCAGUGGAAACUGCACUGCUGCAAGAAGCAGUGUUGAACGUGCAAGUCCUCGAAUGCAGGAGUUGAUCGAUCUCAACCAUCACGAUUACUCAGCCACAGACAGUGAUGACGAGGGAAGUGAUGAUGGGGAUGAUAACUUACUUGUGCUUUAAUUUCAUUUUGAGCACUAUAAACUGCUGGAGCAAAGCAAAUUUCUCAUGUGCAGUGUUGCUCAAUGCAACUAUUCGCGCGCGCACUAGGUAAAGAAACGGAAGAUCGCAUGCCGUUCUAACUGGUUGUGCGCAUUAAGGCAUUCUAAAGUGAUAUAAAAGUAUAUGCAUAGCUCUAUUUACUCUAUACCAUAGCAUUAGAUCAUUGAUAUGAUCUACGCGCAAACUACUACUAAAAAGACGCUAAAACACGGACGAAACCGUGGAGUUGUGUUAUUCAUAACAUAUUAUUUCUCAUGAACGAGAAGCGUCACGAUAUUGCAGCGUUUUUAUACAUAACUUCUGUGUUUUUAAUUCUAUAAAUUGUGUGAAUUUGUCCGUUUUAUACCCGUCGCAUCGGGAAAGAUUAGCGUAAGUUAAUUGAUCGACUAUGUUUCUUUUCUUUUCGAAAUAACACUCAUUAUUAUAUUUAAAAAUAAGUGGGAUAACUACUGAUCGAAUUGAUUAUACAAGUUCUAGGAUUGCAAUUGCUUCAGUUGUUUAAUAAAGCCAGCAUUUG